AAGGGAGCGAUAGAGGCUUCCAGUACUCGCCGAAUCGCCGUACAAGUGCGAAGUAUAUCGCGUGUUUGUGUGUGUCGAAAGCAAGUUAUUAGAUUCAAAACUGACUGACCGAGAGAAGCAGAGUAGAAGAUGUUUGGUAGCUGUUAAAGAAUGAUGGCCAUGAGGAGUGGUGGUGCGAGCGCUGGGAGCCGCUCUCGUGGCGCAGACUCUCAGGCGGCGCGAGCUCUGGACGAAUUUGAGCAGCUGGCAGGUCUACGAGGAAGGUCUGUGUAUGUGCUGGAACAUCUGGCGACCUUCACCGUGACCAGGGAGACUGGUAUCGUGUACCCGGCUGAUGGAAUGAGGAGGUUGUUGCAGCUGGAGAAAACUAAUGGAAUAUGGAGUCAGAAAAUGCAGCUUAGUUUGGAAGAUGGAUGGGUGCUAGUGAUGGACUAUGAAACUGGGUCAAUAAUGGAGAGGUUUCCCGCAUCAUGGGUUCAUUCUCCAACGGCAUUCACCUCACCAGAGCCAGCUGAGCUAUACAACAACGUGCUGGCCUUCGUCGUAGGGGCCCCGGAGACUGGUGGAGCCUCUCCGGGAGGCUCAAGGAGGGAACUUCACAUCUUCCAGUGUCACGACGUCAGUGCACAGACAUUGGUUGAAGAACUAAAUGCUUUAAAGGGCAUAGGCAAUGGCGGGUCCGAGGGUGGCCGAGACUUCGUCAUUGAAAGAGAAAGAGAAAGAGAGCGGGAGAGUGAGACAGAAAGACCGCGGCGACAGCAAAUGUCAGCACAGUUGGGGCGAGCUGAACGCGGCGGCUCCGGCGGAGAAAGAGAUGAUGCAUCAUCUACAGGAUCCGAUCGACUGUAUGAACAGGACAUAGCCAUCCUCAACCGCUGCUUCGAUGACAUAGAGAAGUUCAUCGCCCGACUACAACAUGCCGCUGCAGCGUCACGAGAACUUGAGAGGAGAAGAAGAUCCAGAGGUGGGAAGAGAAGCGCUGGAACGGGAGAAGGGAUGCUAGCUUUGAGAACACGCCCCCCACCGGAAAGAGACUUCGUAGAUGUUCUGCAGAAGUUCAAGCUGUCUUUCAAUCUGUUGGCACGUCUGCGAACUCAUAUUCACGACCCAAAUGCGCCAGAGCUGGUCCAUUUCUUAUUCACUCCGUUGGCAUUGAUUGUGGAUGCUGCACAGGAUGUCGGUGACGGUCGGUUGCCGUCACGAGUAGUGCAGCCGUUGCUGACGAGGGAUGCAUUGAAUUUGUUGGCUAAUUGUGUCACCAGUAAGGAAACGGAGCUCUGGCAUUCACUUGGAGACGCCUGGCUGAUUCCAAGAGAACAAUGGAAAACAACUAUUCCGCCUUAUCAGCCUGUUUUCAUGGAUGGCUGGACACCCGAUUACCAAGUAGAUGACCAGCCGUUGCGAAGACCCUCGCCGCGUCGUAGUGAGGGUAGAGGGGGUGAGGAACCCGGCGUUAGCGGGGGGGACGCCCACUUUGGCUACGAACGCGAUGAGCCUGAUGUCUAUGGAGAAAGGGACUAUGCGCCAUAUCCUAGGACAACAAGACUUACAAGAGAAGACUCAGGCUCGGCAGCAUCGUCACCAGAACGAGAAACACAGUAUCGUAGUGAAAGAGAUGAAGAUGAUUUAGGAGAAGCGUGGGCGCGUGGUGUUACUGCUCGUGGUGGAAGAGUAGUCCGGGUUACAUAUCCUCGUACUGCGAACAAUGACAAAGAGCUCACUGUUGUCCGCGGAGAAUAUCUUGAGGUGCUGGAUGACUCUCGCAAGUGGUGGAAGGCCCGUAACCGUCGCGGAGUGACUGCCCACGUUCCGCACACCAUCGUGGCUCCAGCCAUCACGCCACCUUCCUCACCACAUCUCUACCCGAACCCUAUCUACACGCAUUACCAGCAGGACAGCGGAGGCAGAGGAUCUGGUGGCAGCAGUCCAACUACACCAGCGGGUAGGAGCGGAGCGGGGCCAGGGACAGGCGGUGGGGCGGAAAAGCCAGCACCUCCCCCGCCACCGCCGCCGCCCCCACCCCCCGUGCCUCCCGUCGCAGCACCAGCCCCCAAAACGGAUACCAUGAAAUCAACAAAAUCUGUCAUGAGCUCUCUUUCACUUCACGAAGAACUUAAAGCUGUUCUACCGCAGAUUCAACAACGAAAACUUGAGAUUAAGAAAACACCUGAUAUUUUCAUACACCAGAAAUCAACCCCGGAUGAGGUAGUAUCUUGGCUGGAAGCUAAAGGUUUCAGCAGAACAGCACAGAAGCAGCUGCGACUUCCAGGACAUCAGCUUUUCGCACUCUCUCGAGCUCAACUGGAGCGUGUUGUGGGUUCUGACGAGGGCAAGCGUUUGUACAGCCAGAUCUUAGUCCAGAGAAAUGUGUCUGGGUACAAGACGACUUCAGCGUCGGAACUGGCGAGCAUUCUGCGGAAGGUCAGGGAGAAGGUGGAAGUGUCGUGAACAUGAACGGAGAACUGGAGAGAGGCCGCUUGGAUUACGAAUAUCACAGGAGUUCUUCAUAUUGCUAGAUAUAGGCAUUAUAUUAUAUGUUACUUAAUUAUAAUUUUGUACUUUA